UUUUUCACUUCUAGUUCUUGCGAAAUUUCGAAAUAAAACAUGAGUAAAGCCGCAGCAAGCGGCACUAGCAAAGGUGGAAGAGGAAAGGGAAAGGCCACCAAGUACGUCUCACGCUCGUCAAAGGCCGGUCUUCAGUUCCCCGUUGGAAGAAUCGCCAGGUUCCUCAAGGCAGGUAAAUACGCCGACCGUGUUGGUUCUGGAGCUCCUGUCUAUCUCGCAGCCGUUCUAGAGUACCUCGCCGCCGAGGUGUUGGAGGUAGCUGGAAACGCAGCAAGGCAUAACAAGAAGACUCGUAUUAUACCGAGACACAUUCAGCUUGCGGUGAGGAACGAUGAGGAGUUGAGUAAUCUUCUGGGAUCUGUUACGAUAGCUAGUGGUGGAGUUUUGCCACACAUUCUUCCCAACCUUUUGCCUGCCAAGGUUGGAAAGAACAAAGGAGAUGUUGGUUCUGCUUCUCAAGAGUUCUGAGUUCAUUUUCAUUUUCUCCCGUUGUU